AUGGAGUUCGUGGCUCGCAACACCCUCAUCCCUGUUCCUAAGAUCUACUGUGCGUUCAAGCGCAAAGGCUGGACGUACAUUGUGAUGGAGAAGGUCAAAGGCGAAACUAUGGCACUCAAUUGGCAGUCAAGGUCGGCUGAAUCCAAGGCAGACAUUUUACGACAGCUGAAGGAAUUGAUUGAAAGCAUGCGGCACCUUGUUCCUUCGUCCUCAGCUGUUGCGAAUGUUGACGGUGGUCGACUGCUACCCGGCCAGUCUCUCGACUUCGGACCGUUCAACAACGUCGAUGCUUUCCAUCAGUAUCUGCGAGGCGGCUUUGAUGCUGUGUCUGAGAGAUUCCCGCCCGACGUCAACGACUUGAUACAUUUCCACGAUCGGGAAUGGCCGAUGCCCGUGUUCACACAUGGCGACCUAAGCAGCCUCAACAUAAUGGUGGAAGACGACAAGAUCACCGGUAUUAUCGAUUGGGAGACAGCCGGAUGGUAUUUACCAUACUGGGAGUACACAGCAGCAUGCCAAGUCAACUUUCGAAACACCUUUUGGCGUGACGAGAUUGAUAAAUUCCUGGUACCUUGGCCUGCAGAAUUGAAACAGGAAGAGGUUCGGCGACGUUACUUUGGAGACGUGUGA